CAGGCUUAUUGCUCUGUGCACAACAGCUGGCGAUGUGUCUGUGCCUCUGUGCCACCUUUGCAUGGGGGGUGGAGAGAGGGUUUGGGAUGGAGACAUCAGCAGUGGCUCAUCCUUCUUGUUUGCAACACAAAAAGCCUUUUUCCUCCUCCUGGCUGGGCUCCAGCAAGGGAAGCAAACUCAAUUAACAUGAUGGCUGGGAAAAGGCAGGCUGACUGGCAUUUAGUAUUGCAGCUUUUCAGAGGCAGUAAUUCUUCAGCGUGGUUCGUUAGGAACUGCUGUGGCAAUGGUGGGCAUCAGUCCAGCUCCAGUUAACCGUGGGUCUGGGGGCCUUGGCUGGGAAUGGCCAGGACUUUCUUGCCUUGGAGUGGACCACAGGAGAGGUGAGCAAGUGUCUUUCUGCUAGACAGGUCUGCAAUCAGCUUUGUCACCCGGCGUUUCUUUGCAGAGGCAUGCCUCAGUUUCCCUUCUUACAAAAAUGGGGGUCGCGGAUGCUUUGGAUGUUAAUGGCAGAGGGGCACGAGUGGCUCAGCAGCGGGUCGGAGGGGAUGAGAUGGCUUCUGACAUCAGUCAGGCUGCUCGAGGGAGUCACGUCGCGCUGGCCGGGGCAGGGUUGCAGCAAGGCACGUGAAGGUGAUGUGCAUGCUCUGCACGCCACAGGGCUGAUGGCCACGUGGGUGCCAGGAGCAGCGUGGUCGUGAUGGUGGGAACCUGCCCUGGGUGAUGACCUGCUGGGAGGGUGAAGGAGCAGAGUGGAGCGCUGUUGCUGCUCCAUCGCUUCCGGCACCUGAGCUGGCUGCUUGGAGUCAGCGUGAGACUGGGCACGGCGAAGUGCUGAGCCGGUAAACGUGCCCCUAGGCACUACCACAGUACAGCCACCAUUAAUAGUCACCAGUAACAAUAACUGCCAGCCGAGCUUUUUUCUGGUAUGAGAGGCAGAGAGCCCUGAGGUGAGCCUUACCUAUGGCACCUGUGCUGGAUUUUUGGGGAUCUGAAGAAAAGCUGAAUCCUUGACGUACCACCACCUGGACAAAGCUUGGGAUACAGGACCCCAGGCUCUGCUCUGGGUCCAAAACCUCAUCUUUUCUGCUCAUUUCUAGCCUUUGCUUGGGUCAUUGCCCUGACUGACUAUGCUAAAGCUGUUUUUUGUUUUUUUUUCCUCAAGCCACAAAUGAAUUUUUUUUUUCUCUUCCUAUAUCCAAAAACCUUUUAUGGGAGACAGAGACACUCUGCACCCAGCUGGCUCCUGGUCUGAGGGCCCGAUCCAUCGCGCACACCCAUGAGCCAAGGGGUGAGCCAGCCCAUUGCUAUCAGAGGAACUUCACACGUGCAGCCAGGGAAGGACGUAUGGGCGAUCCAGACAAAUGUGACAUCUGGGGGAACACCCCUCUCCACCUGGCAGCAGCCAACGGCCACCUGAACUGCCUUUCCUUCCUCAUCUCUUUUGGGGCCAACAUCUGGUGCCUGGACAAUGACUACCACACCCCGCUGGACAUGGCAGCCAUGAAGGGGCACAUGGAGUGUGUGCGAUACCUGGACUCCAUUGCUGCCAAACAGAGCAGCCUCAACCCCAAGCUGGUGAGCAAACUGAAGGACAAGGCCUUUCGGGACGCGGAACGGAGGAUUAAGGACUGCGUGAAGCUGCAGAAGAAGCACCACGAAAGGAUGGAGAAACGGUACAGAAAGGAGAUGUCGGAUAAUUCGGAUACCAUGAGCUUCUCCAGCUAUUCGAGUAGCACCUUAAGCAAGAAGUUCCAACACAUGUCUAUGGUGACUUCUCUGCCAUAUUCACAAGCCACCAUCCAUGGCACAGCCAAGGGAAAGACAAAAAUACAAAAGAAGCUAGAGAAGAAGAAGCAGGUGGAUGGGACAUUCAAGAUCUACGAGGACGGGAGGAAAAGCGUGCGGUCUCUGUCUGGUCUGCAGCUGGGGAAUGACGUCAUGUUCGUGAAGCAGGGCACAUACGCCAGCCCCAAGGAGUGGACUCGGCGUAAUAUCAGAGACAUGUUCCUCACGGAUGAAGACACUGUCUCCCGUGCCAUAAGUGACCCAGGUUUGCACAUGGACUCGGCCCACUCAGAAGUCAGCACCGACUCCGGCCACGACUCCUUGUUCAACCGCCCUGGGCUGGGCACCAUGGUGUUCCGGCGCAACUAUGUCAGCAGCGGGCUUUUUGGGAUUGGCCGGGAGGAUGCUGGCACGCUGGGUGAAGACAGCGCAGAUGGGGUAGGUGUCAAACUGCGGAGCCGCCUGCAGCGCUCGCCAAGUCUCAACGAUAGCAUUGGCAGUGCCAACAGCCUGCAGGAGAGGAACGCAGAGGAGCUACCCUGGGAUGAGGUGGAGCUGGGCUUAGAUGAUGAUGAUGAACCAGACACCAGCCCCUUGGAGACUUUUCUGGCUUCCCUGCACAUGUUUGAGUUCAUCUCCAUCUUGAAGAAGGAAAAGAUUGACUUGGAGGCCCUCAUGCUAUGCUCAGACAAUGACCUGAAGAGCAUCAAUAUCCCAUUGGGCCCCAGGAAAAAGAUUGUGGAUGCCAUCCAGAGGAGACGACAAACUCUGGAGAAGCCAGAUGUCAUUGUAGACACUGAACUAUAGCAGCAUUAUUUUUUUUUUUUUUUAAAUGAUCAAGAAACAAACCCAGUUCUAAGUUGCCAGAAAACACAAGCCAGAGACUCCCUUCCUGGGGCAGCUGAAAGCUACAGCCAUCCCCACCAGUGCCUCUGGACUGCCCUCCUGCUCCCUCGCUCUGCUCCCUGUCUGUGCGAUGCUCCCAGGCGGUACCUGGUACGGAGGGACGACUCCUGAGAUUGGACCAGGCAGCUCCAACCUGCCAGCCUUGAAGGAACAAUGGUCUCCCGCUCGCUGGAGGAAGAAGUGUGCUGCACAGCUGGCUAGGACACUGUGCCGUCACAGGCUGAGAGACCGCACAAAGCCAUGAAUGGAAGGAGAUACGUGAUGGUAUUUUCAAAGGGAUCCAAAAU